ACUGUCAGUUUUUGAAUACCACAACAACGUCAACCCCAAGAAAGAACCACAGUUUAACAAAAUGUCUAAAAUACCCUUAUUCCUCCGUUUUGCUGUGAUCAUUUUCUUCUUCUUUUCCUCCUCCUCCGCCGAUCAACGUCUCCACUCUCGUCACUUACUCCAUCAACCCUUUUACCCCAUCGCUCCACCACCGUCCUCUCCCCAACCUCCACCGCCUCCCCAGGACAAACACCACCGCCACAAGAAACAUCAAUCAGCCCCUCCACCGCAAGAUAAACACCUCUUCUCCUCCGUCACAAGCCCUCCUCCAACCCCUCACUCAAACCCAUUCUUCCCCUCCAACGCCGUCCACCCCUCACCACCACCACCUCCUCCUCCACCAGCCUCAAUCCCUACUUUUCCCGCCAACAUCUCCUCCCUCUUCUUCCCACCUCACAACCCCUCAAAACCUCACAACAAUAACCGCCACAUCGCCAAACUCGUCUCCAUAACCGUCUCCGUAAUCUCCUCCUCCGUUCUCCUCUCUCUCCUCGUCGUACUCAUCAUCUUCCUCCGCCGCCGCCGCCGCAACCGAAACCGCCUCCCCGCGUACUACAACAAAACCAAGUCCACAAGAUCAGACUCUCUCAACCUCUUCGACGCCUCUCCUUCCGACGGAGCCUCUCGUAAAAAACACAAAAAACAGCCGCCACACACCACGUCAUCAAACACUUCCUCUGACUUCCUCUACUUAGGCACGUUAGUUAACUCACGAAGCGAAGGCUUAUUACCUCAGCAGAAGUCUCCCGUCUCCCUCUCCCGCGGCGUCUUGGAGAUUCCACCACCACCACCAGCUCCGGCCUCAUCCUCCUCCACUUCCUCUUCUUCUUACAAUAAGCCAGGCUCUCCCGAGCUUCGUCCUCUUCCUCCGUUACCGAAGGUUGCGUCUUACUCUCCUGUUUACUUAAGCCCUCAACAGUUAUACCCUAAGAGACAAGACUUUGAUGGAGAAGACGAAGAUGACGACGAGUUUUUCUCUCCGAGGGGGUCUUCGGGACGUAAACAGAGUGUCGUGGAGGAUUCUGGUGGUGUUGUUAAGAGUGUUAAAGGGUCUAACUCGUGUUCUCCGACGUCGUUUCAUGAUUCUCCGGCGACUAGUUUGAAACCUAAGUCGCUUAGUCCUCCUCUUAGUGAAACCAGCUCAAACGACAGCGUUUUGAAGCAGCCUGGUCCGGUGAGAGCUCCUCCACCUCCACCUCCACCACCGCCUCCUCCUCCUCCGCCGCAGUUUUUUGAGAUUCCGGCCACCACGCCGCCCUCGCCUCCUUCUGAUGCAUUGAAACCAAAGUUGAAGCCUUUGCAUUGGGACAAAGUUAGAGCAAGCUCGAGUCGUGUUAUGGUGUGGGACCAAAUGAAAUCAAACUCGUUUCAAGUGAAUGAAGAGAUGAUAGAGACAUUGUUCAGAGCGAAUGAUCCUAGUUCAAGAACAAGAGAUGUCGGAAACGCAGGUGCUGUUCAAUCUGUUAAUCAAGAGAAUCAGUUUCUUGAUCCAAGAAAGUCACACAACAUUGAAAUCUUGCUUAGAGCUCUUAAUGUAACUGCUGAUGAAGUGUGUGAAGCCCUUGUAGAAGGCAACUCGGAUACGCUAGGACCCGAGCUACUUGCGUGUCUGCUUAAGAUGGCACCUACUAAAGAAGAAGAGGACAAGCUUAAGGACCUUAAAGAAUAUGAUGAAUCUACUUCAAAGAUUGGACCUGCAGAGAGAUUCCUCAGAGCAUUGCUCAACAUUCCUUUAGCCUUCAAGAGGAUUGAUGCAAUGCUUUACAUAGUCAACUUUGAUUCAGAAACUGAAUACCUUAAAAGAUCCUUCCACACACUCGAGGUUGCUUGUGGUGAGUUAAAGAACACUAGGAUGUUCUUGAAGCUUCUAGAAGCGGUUCUCAAGACCGGUAACCGGAUGAAUAUAGGGACUAAUAGAGGUGAUGCACAUGCUUUCAAGCUUGAUACACUCUUGAAACUGGUUGACAUCAAAGGCGCUGAUGGCAAAACCACCUUGCUACACUUCGUGGUUCAAGAGAUCAUUAAAUCAGAAGGAGCUAGGGUUUCUUCUACUCCAACCCAAAGCCCUGUAGGAGAUGAUGAUAUAGCUGAGCAAUCAGCAUUCCAAGACGACAUAGAGUUGAAGAAACUUGGGUUGCAAGUAGUUUCAGGUCUCAGUUCACAGUUGAUAAACGUCAAGAAAGCAGCUGCAAUGGACUCAACUUCCCUCAGCAAGGAGACAGCUGAACUCGCCAGCGGGAUAACAAAAGUCAAGGAAGUGAUCUUGGAGCUAAAGCAAGAAACUGGCGUAGAGAGAUUCUUGGAGUCAAUGAACUUGUUUUUGGACAAAGGUGAGAAAGAGAUCAGAGAGAUACAAUCUCAUGGAAGCAAUGUCAUGAAGAUGGUUAAAGAAGUAACAGAGUACUUCCACGGGAACUUAGAAUCUCAUCCUUUUCGAAUUUUCACCGUGGUCAGAGACUUCUUGACGAUUCUUGAUCAAGUUUGUAAAGAAGUUGGCCGUGUAAACGAGAGGACAGUGUACGGAUCACGACCUUCACCGUCUAACCAGACCGUCACGCCGCUGUUUCCGGUGGUUAACAUUAACCACUCAGAGCUGAGUCACUCUGGUUCUCACGACGAUGAUGACUCGUUCUAAGUGAGAACGAUUGGUUAAGUAUAUUUAAGUGUUUUGAUUUGAUUUGAUCCUUACAAGAGAACACAUGUUACAUGUAUUUAUUAUUUAUGAACAUAUAUCUAUAUCGAUAGGUGAGAAUUUAUAUGAAAUUUAUUAGACUUUGGAAGUAUUUCUAUGCAAGUUGUUAUCGAG